AUGUUACACAAUAUGAGUAAAAGAAACAUUCUAAUCGGGUGCACCGGAAGUGUAGCCACUAUUAAAUUGCCGCUUUUGAUUGCGGAACUACGCAACUCAGGAUGGGACAUAGAGAUUCAGGUGAUUGUAACUCAGCACGCCGAUCAUUUCUUCUCCGCUGAAGAUAUCCCCCCUGGGGUGACAAUCCACCGAGACGAGGACGAGUGGAACAGUUGGAAGGGCCGUGGCGAUCCUGUUUUGCACAUUGAACUGGGGAAGUGGGCGGAUUUGAUGGUAAUUGCCCCAUUGGAUGCCAACAGUUUGGCGAAGAUGGCCCACGGUCUUUGUGAUAACUUACUUCUGUGUACGACGCGAGCUUGGGACUUGACCAAACCGUUGUUCUUCUGUCCAGCUAUGAACACUAGGAUGUGGGAACAUCCCAUAACCGGGCCACAGAUUGAUACGUUGAAAUCGUGGGGACUGAGGGAGAUUCCUUGCGUGGCGAAAACGCUUAUGUGUGGCGAUACCGGUCUUGGCGCUAUGGCCGAGGUGGGUACCAUUGUGGGCCAGAUUCUGACGUAUCUGCAAGAAAUGGAUUUGCGGAAUUAGUUGCUUUGGUUUUUGUAUUUUGAAAUACAUAUUUUUUACGGCGUA